AUGGCCCAGGGUGCCAUGCGCUUCUGCUCUGAAGGCGACUGCGCCAUCUCCCCGCCACGAUGCCCACGCCGCUGGCUUCCCGAAGGUCCCGUGCCUCAGAGUCCCCCGGCCAGCAUGUACGGCAGCACAGGCUCCCUGCUACGGCGGGUGGCCGGUCCAGGUCCCCGAGGCCGGGACCUGGGACGUGUGACAGCACCCUCCACACCCCUGCGUGGCCCCCCUUCACCCCGUGUUGCUCCCUCACCCUGGGCACCCUCCUCACCCACGGGGAAGCCUCCACGAGGGGCCAGGAGCUCCGUAGUCAUAUUCCGCUUUGUGGAGAAGGCCAGCGUGAGGCCGCUGAAUGGGCUACCUGCCCCCGGAGGCUUGAGUCGGAGCUGGGACCUGGGUGGGGUCCCUCCUCCCAGGCCCGCUCCAGCUCUCGGGCCUGGCACAGACCGCAAGUUGCGGCUGGAGGCAUCCACGUCAGACCCACUCCCGGCCGGGGGAGGUGCCGCUCUGCCCGGCCGCCAGGGCCUUUUACGCGGGCCGCCAGCCCCACCCCAGGCUGGGGCCGAUGGCCUUUAUUCCUCCCUCCCCAAUGGGCUGGGGGGGCCCUCUGAGCACCUGGCCACGCUAUUCCGCGGACCUGCUGACACUGGACUCCUGAACAAGGGAGACACCUGGUCCUCGCCCUGGGAAGUCUCCUCUCAUGCCCAGAGAAUCGCUCGAGCCAAAUGGGAAUUCUUCUAUGGCUCCUUGGCACCCCCCAGCUCAGGUGCUAAGCCCCCAGAGCAGCCCCCCCCAUCUCCACCUGGGGUGGGCUCAGGGCAGGGCUCUGGGGUGGCUGUGGGGCGAGCGGCCAAAUACUCCGAGACCGACCUGGACACGGUGCCCCUGAGGUGCUACCGAGAGACCAACAUCGAUGAAGUGCUGGCUGAGCGGGAAGAGGCUGAUUCGGCCAUCGAGAGCCAGCCCAGCUCCGAGGGCCUGCCUGGCGCCGUCCGCCCACCUGCCCCACGUCCUGGCCCGGGCCCUGGCCCUCAUGCCAGCCUGAGCAGUGGCGAUGAGGAUGAGGCAGGCGGGGAAGAGGAUGUGGACGAUGAGGUGUUUGAGGCCUUGGAGGGGGCACGGCCAGGCACCCAGAUGCCUCACCUGGGGCCUCUCAAGUCACCUGUGCCCUUUCUACCUGGGACCAGCCCCUCGGCUGACGGGCCUGACUCGUUCAGUUGUGUGUUUGAAGCCAUCUUGGAGUCACACCGGGCCAAGGGCACCUCCUACACCAGCCUUGCCUCACUGGAGGCCCUGGCCUCACCUGGCCCAACACAGAGCCCCUUCUUCACCUUUGAGCUGCCUCCCCAGUCCCCCAUCCCCCGGCCUGAUCCCCCCGUUCCCGCCCCACUUGCCCCUCUCGAACCUGAUUCUGGUACCAGCUCUGCUGCUGAUGGGCCUUGGACACGGAGAGGGGAGGAAGAAGAGGCAGAGGCUGCAGCCAAGCAAGCCCCAGGGAAGGAGCCCCCUAGUCCCUGCCGCUCAGAGGACAGCUUUGGGCUGGGGGUAGCACCCCUGGGAAGCGAACCACCCUUGAGCCAGCUGGUAUCUGACUCAGACUCAGAGCUGGACAGCACCGAGCGGCUAGCCCUGGGAAGCACGGACACCUUGUCUAACGGGCAGAAAGCAGACCUGGAGGCUGCGCAGCGCCUGGCUAAGAGGCUGUACCGGCUAGACGGCUUCCGGAAGGCCGAUGUGGCCCGGCACCUGGGCAAGAACAAUGACUUCAGUAAGCUCGUGGCUGGAGAGUACCUCAAGUUCUUUGUCUUCACGGGCAUGACUCUGGACCAAGCUCUCAGGGUGUUUCUGAAGGAGCUGGCCCUAAUGGGCGAGACCCAGGAACGGGAGCGCGUGCUGGCUCACUUCUCCCAGAGAUACUUCCAGUGCAAUCCCGGAGCUCUGUCCUCAGAGGACGGCGCGCACACGCUGACCUGCGCCCUCAUGCUUCUCAACACCGACCUCCAUGGCCACAACAUCGGGAAGCGCAUGACCUGCGGAGACUUCAUUGGGAACCUGGAGGGCCUCAACGAAGGCGGCGACUUCCCCAGGGAGCUGCUCAAGGCUCUGUACAGCUCCAUCAAGAAUGAGAAAUUGCAGUGGGCCAUAGACGAGGAGGAGUUGAGACGCUCUCUGUCUGAGUUGGCCGACCCCAACCCCAAGGUCAUCAAGAGGGUGAGCGGGGGCAGCGGCAGCGGCUCCAGCCCUUUCCUGGACCUGACUCCUGAGCCCGGGGCCUCGGUCUACAAGCACGGGGCCCUGGUGCGAAAGGUGCACGCGGACCCCGACUGCAGGAAGACACCUCGGGGCAAACGGGGCUGGAAGAGCUUCCAUGGGAUCCUCAAGGGCAUGAUCCUGUACCUGCAGAAGGAGGAGUACCAGCCCGGGAAGGCCCUGUCGGAGGCAGAGCUUAAGAAUGCCAUCAGCAUCCACCACGCGCUGGCCACCCGCGCCAAGGACUACAGCAAGAGGCCCCACGUCUUUUACCUGCGCACGGCCGACUGGAGGGUCUUCCUCUUCCAGGCUCCGAGCCUGGAGCAGAUGCAGUCCUGGAUCACUCGCAUCAAUGUGGUGGCCGCCAUGUUCUCUGCACCCCCCUUCCCAGCCGCUGUGAGUUCCCAGAAGAAGUUCAGCCGCCCUCUGCUGCCCAGCGCUGCCACCCGCCUCUCCCAGGAGGAGCAAGUGCGGACCCAUGAGGCCAAGCUGAAGGCCAUGGCGAGUGAGUUGCAGGAGCACCAGGCUGCCCUGCUGGGCAAGAAGGCCCGGGGCAAGGAGGCUGAGGAGCAGCGGCAGAAGGAGGCCUACCUGGAGUUUGAGAAAUCCCGCUAUGGCACAUAUGCAGCACUGCUUCGGGUCAAGCUGAAGGCGGGCAGUGAAGAGCUGGACGUGGUAGAGGCAGCCCUGGCCCAAGCCGGCAGCACGGAGGACGGAGUCCCCCCACCUCGCUCCAGUCCCUCCCUGCAGCCCCAUGUCUCCAGCCAGCCCCGGGCUCAGUGUCGUGGCUCGGAGCCUCGGGCAGGGGCGGGCAGUGGGCGUCGGAGGCCCUGA